UUCCUGACUGGCCCUUCCGCGAACAGAGGCCCUCGUGACAGGAGCCUCUCUGGGGUGGAGAGGGACCCGGGAGCCUGCAGCCGCAUAAAUGGUGCUGCCGGCCUCUCCCCUCUGGCCUGAAGGCAGAGAUCCACAAGGGCUCUGUUGUCUGGGAGGAGUCACUGGGACGGAAGCCAUGUGGCUGCGCUGUUUGGCCCUCGCCCUCACCUUGCUGAUGGUUUCUGGCAUCGAGAACAAUACGAAGGACGUCUGUGUUGGAAACCCUGGCAUCCCUGGCACUCCUGGGUCCCAUGGCUUGCCAGGCAGAGAUGGGAGAGAUGGAGUCAAAGGAGACCCUGGGCCUCCAGGCCCCAUGGGCCCCCCUGGAGGAAUGCCAGGCCACCCUGGGCCUAAUGGGAUGACUGGAGCCCCUGGUGUUGCUGGAGAGCGUGGAGAAAAGGGAGAGCCUGGCGAGAGGGGCCCCCCAGGACUUCCAGCUUCUUUAGAUGAAGAGCUCCAAACCACACUCCACGACCUCAGACAUCAAAUCCUGCAGACCAUGGGAGUCCUCAGCUUGCACGAGUCCCUGCUGGUGGUGGGAAGGAAGGUCUUCUCCAGCAAUGGGCAGUCCAUUAAUUUCAACGACAUUCAAGAGUUAUGUGCCGGGGCAGGCGGCCAAAUUGCUGCCCCGAUGAGCCCAGAAGAGAAUGAAGCCAUUGCAAGCAUUGUGAAGAAGUAUAACACUUACGCCUACCUGGGCCUGGUGGAGAGCCCCGACUCUGGAGACUUCCAGUACAUGGAUGGGGCCCCUGUGAAUUACACCAACUGGUACCCCGGGGAGCCCAGAGGUCGGGGCAAAGAGCAGUGUGUGGAGAUGUACACAGAUGGGCAGUGGAAUAACAAAAACUGCCUGCAGUACCGACUGGCCAUCUGUGAGUUUUGAGCAGGCCUCUAAGGCCACAGGAGAGAUAGGGCCCUGCCUUGCCUUUCAGCCUCCAUCCUGCAGAUGCACCCCCCCCCCCCCCCGCCGCCCCCAACCGAUCUCUGAGAUGCUAUAGCUCCGUUCCAGCAAAAUGGAUCUGUGGCUGGCUAUCAGAGCGGGAGGCAUGCUUAGCCACCCCGCUCCCCGGACAGGCCCUGAGUCCUCAGCCACAUCAGCAUCGGGAAUCAUGCUGACACUCCCCCUGAGCCCCCUCCCAACACCGCACACCCAGGGCCACCCCUAACUUGGCCCUUUGGCAAGAGUCGGAGACUUCCUUCUUCCUCUUCUUGCCCAGUUCCUUCUUUUCUAGAUGGCAGCAGUGAGGCCCUGGGUUGGAACUCCAUCCCCCUACCCACAUCCCAGAUCACACAGGUGUCUGCUUCCUGGCCCCCUCUACUCUCACUCUGCAGGCCACCCCGGGCCCAGCCUCAUCAAGAUUUGGCAGUUCUGGUCAAGUAUGAUAGAACAGGUGGGCCUAGGGAAUUCCAGAUGUGUGGCGCUACGGAGGCAUGGGGCAUCAUGUGGCCUCCCUCCGAGGGCACAUCUGGUCGGUGUCUCCAUGAGGUCAGAGGGCCGGCUGGUGCCGCAGCAUGGUGGAGGCCGGCCUACCCUAAUCAUUGGCAUGUACCAUCCACUGCCUUGAGUCUCAGGUUGCCUCUCAUCUCCUGACCUAAAAGCAGCCAGUCUACACCCUAGGGAAGAUCUCACCCCCAACCUCAGACAUAAUCCAAGUAAUUUCCUGCUGAUAGACAUGUCCCCACACCAAUCCGGAUCUCAGUGAGGUGUUCACAUCCCUCACCCCACCACUGACUGUUUACUGAGCACGUAAAUAGCGUAAGUGCCCCAAUUCUAUGUACGCAGAACCUUGCCAACACUCCUAAUACAUUUUAUGGAAUAUGAUUCAUCUUUACACAAUGCCAUGGGCCCAGCCUGAUUUUCCCCAUUCUUAUGUGAGGACCCAAACUUAAAGAAGUUAAAUGUUUUGAAUUUUAUUCCUUGGAGCAAGUGGCAGAGGCUGUGUUCAAACCUAUCUGCCUGGACCUGAAGCUCAUGCUCAUAACCACCUCACUCACCUCUGACUGGACAGAGAUGAUUUAAGUGUAAUAAAUCAUGACUGCGUUAACGUGA